AUGUUUACUUCAAAUAACUUGGAUGAUUCUUAUUUAGCAAAACUGCUACAAGAAGAAUACGACAGAGAAGCAGCCGUAGUGUUGGAUGACGAAGACCAAGAUGACUCAAGAAACAGUUCAAACACCGAAUCAUCAUUUGUCAGCAGUUAUGACAAACGGAAGCCUGUUGUCCCGCCGAGAGAGGCCUUUAUGCAAGAACUGUCACCGGUGGAUCCAUCUCUAGAGUUAUCAGACCCCACUCCAGAUAUUAUUUUGCUUUUUCUCGACUUUAAUGAACGUUACUUUUGGGGUUCUCUAGCGGGUAUUGAAGUCAAAUGGAGCCCUAGAAUGACGUUAUGUGCAGGAUUAUGCGUGUAUGAAGGCAGAGGUGGUUUGUGCUCGGUAAGACUGAGCCUGCCAUUGUUGAAGCUGAGGCCAAGGAAAGACUUAGUCGAAACACUCUUGCAUGAAAUGAUUCACGCCUACCUGUUUGUCACAAACAAUGAUAGGGAUCACAGUGGACACGGCCCAAACUUCUUGUCACACAUGAAAAGACUUAACAAGGCAACCGGAGCUAACAUAUCGGUGUACCACACAUUCAAUGAUGAAGUAGAUUCUUACCAACAACACUGGUGGCGCUGCAGUGGUCCCUGUCAGCGGAGAGCUCCUUACUUUGGUUAUGUGAAGAGGUCCAUGAAUCGGGCACCUUCUGCUAAAGAUUUUUGGUGGCCAGAACAUCAAGCAACGUGUGGUGGAGUGUAUACAAAGGUCAAAGAACCUGAGGGAUAUGGACAGAAAAAACCAGGAAAGGGCAAAGGAAAAGAAGGUGCUGGUAAUGCUGUUGAACCAUCAAAGGAUAUUAGAACAUUUUGGGGAAAUGGACACAUCCUUUCCUCAAACACAGAAGCUAUUAACAAAGCUGCUGGUGCAUCUCCGUCUCAGAGAAAGUCAGGGACACAUUUCAUGAACACAGCAACGUUCAGCAGUGGUGCAGGUCCGAGCAACGCUACAACUGGUCAAAGAUCAGUUAAUGGUGCAUUGUCUAACCCAUCCUAUAACCACAGAAACAAAUCAGCUGUGACAGAUCCUUUAUCACGUGACAGAAGUGAGAUUUUCCCCAGUGUGUCUUUCAAACAGGCAGCAGAUAGGGAUCACCCUGACAAAUAUUCAGCAUCUACUGUGAUUACUGCAAACCGUAAAACUUCUGUAAACAGCAACAGUACAGUUUCUGACAUACGCAAGGAAUUGUCAGAUAACAGUUCAUCUCAACCAGUUAAAAGGAACACAUCUGCUAACAAUAAUAAUACCAGCUCAGAGACCAGAGUUGGGAAAACUAAUUCUAGAAGUGAUUUUCAUAAGCAUUUUGAUAAUAGUUUUUCCAUUAACAAAAAGCAGAAAAACUCACCACACUUAAACAACAAAAAAGUUGUAUUUCCCAAAAACUUUGUUAGCGUUUGUGUUGGUGGGGACUCCUCAAGUCCUAUAAUUUCGGUGAAAAGGAAAAAGAAGAAAUAUGUUAUGGAUGAAUUAGACUCAAAUGACGGCUUAUGGGAUGAAACAGCUGAUCUCACUGCUGAUUUAAAACGUGGUCAGUUAUCAAAUGAACUGAACAGCACAGGAAAGAUAGGUAAGCUUGAUUCUAAUAACAGGGCUGAGGAGAGGGGCAAACUUCCUGCAGGUUUAACAAACCAUAGAGGAAAUGGUUCAAUACUUCAGAAAAUGAACUCGCCAAAAAGUAAACCUUUUCAAGCAAGUGCACAAUCUUUAGUUAAAACGGACGUGAAAACAGGUGAAAUAAAGAAUGGUAAUGGGGCCGAAAAGCGUAAAAAUGAUGAUGUUUCAAGAUCAGGUACAAGACUUGAGAUUGACAACUUCCACAGCCGGGCAUCAGUUUCAGAACGGGGUGCCGCCGGGUUUUCAGGUGAAGGUUUCAAGCUGGGAACAGGAGAAAGCGGUUCUUCAUUUUUGUCACAGAUAAGAAAAACCUGGCAGGAGAAGUCAUACAGUGCUGCUUCUGCCAGCAGUAGAGAGCCCUCUCAUAGCUCACCAGGCAGCAGACUUUCCCAGUUGUCACACAUAGAUCAAAUGAACGCAGGUUCAUCUUUGCUAAACAAGAAGAGGACAUCGAUGGAAGCUUUUGGCGCACGAGUAAAUAAUUUAGACAGUUAUAAAACUGUGAAAGUUGAUAAAGAAAUAUCCAGACAUAACCAUAGUAGUAUACAAAAUACAUCAGUAAGUGAAUCUCCUAAUGAAGUUAUCCAUAUAGAUGUAUCACAUACACUUGUAAAAGUACCUUGUCCCGUCUGCAGUAUUUCGGUUCCAGAAAAUACAAUAAAUGCUCAUUUAGAUCUUUGUUUGUUAGCAUGUUGA